GUUAGGGGCCUGACUCCCCGGCGACGAGACAAGAUGGCUCCUCCGGUCCGCACCGCAGCUACCGUCCCGGCUGCGUCGCUCGGCCCGCCCCCGGUACUGUUUCUUUAAAUGGCGGAGAGGGUCAGGAAAGCAGGAAGAGAGGCGCACGCUGUCACGUGACAGGGGCGGGACCGGCCAACCAAGAUCCGGUCACAUGGGGACACGCAGCCCGCCAAUCAGGAGGGUGUACAUCAGGGCGGGGGCGGGAGGAGCUGCAGCUUUGUGAUUGGCUGAAUGCUCCGCGGAGGCCUCGGGGGCUUGGGGCGUCGGGGAGUGUGCGAGGUGGCCGGGGCUGUGUGCACUACCAGAGACAAAGCUGUGGCUGCGGUGGCUGUGGUGUCUGUGACGGCGGCGGCAGAGCAGCUCUAAACGCCGAAUUUCGUGUUGCUGAGUCCUGUCACCAUCUCAACUAGCGCGGCGCGCGAGCGGCGGCGGAGGCAGCGGCGGCGGCGGCGGAGGCGGCAGCAGCACAUGGUUCCAAGAGCGCGCUGCGGCUGUUGGGUUCCAAUUGCGCGGGGAGGGACAAAGGCAGUUGUGAGAUCCGGGUAGUGCCGGGUCAGGUGGUGCGCUCGCCACUGCCCUCGAUCCGGUCCUUGAAAGCCGGGAGUAGCUCCUUUUCGUGAGGAGGCCGCCACGGGACCGAGGCCCGGGAAGGGCCUGAGGAGCUGAGGCUGUUGUCUGAGGGACGUGGGGGCGGGGCGCGGCCUGCCCGAGGUGCUGUGGGCGGGUCAUUUGUGAGGUGUUUAUGUGGGCCAAGUGUGAGGUAAUCUGACCACCACCCUGAACUGGGUUUGGUCCGGCUUUGAAAAAAGAAAUCGUGAGUGCCUAGAAGCUUUUUCAGUUGGGAGGUGGUGAAGCUGCAACUUGCGCCAUAUAACACUCCGUCGACAUCUUGGUCUCCGUUCUUGGGCCUGUUUAAGAAUCCUGGCAUCACGUGUGGCGAAGACAUGGCUGAUCAGUUUUCUGACAGAAGUGGGUAAAUUUCCGGAUUGGUAAAUUUCCCUACAGGAAAUUUCGGGGAACCAAAAAAGGCUGGAAGAACAUGAAGAUGGAGCAGUCAUAAACCACCCCACCCAAGGACCAUCUCCUUCAGGACCAUCCACACGAGACUCAGAUUGUCUGAAUUGAGCUGUCGCAACUUUAUGCUAAAAGCUCCUUAAAGCUACAGAUUUAUGACAUAGUUCCUUCCAAAAUAUUACAUUGUAAUCAUUGAGAAGAUUAAAAAAAACCUUGAAGAAAUUGUAGUUUUAAAUAUCUCUGCAUAUAUUUUGGAUAGUUACUAGGUUACUUUAACUGUCAUUAAGGAGCACAGACUUACUGAAGCAUUACUGGACGGAAUCCUGGGAAAUCAAUAUCGUUAUAAGGUUAUAUUUCCCAGUUAGCGGGUGAAGGGCUGGAGACCUUAUUGCAGUCAUGGCUUUCACAAAUUACAGCAGUCUGAAUCGAGCUCAGCUAACCUUUGAAUAUCUGCACACAAAUUCGUAAGUAUCUUCUAGGUGCCACUGAGGUAACCAGUAACUCAUUCCUUGAUAUUAUAUGGAAAUCGUUUCCUCAGAAAGUUUUGCUUUUUCACUUUUUGAGAUCUAUCCCACUGGAGUGAAAUGUAUCACUGGAUAUCUUGAGCUCUGUAUUGAAGGACUGAGAUCAGUGAAAUACUUGUUGCUAAUCCAGAAGAAUCUGAUUUUUGUUUAUUGGAUCAAAAUUUUCUAAAUGCAAACUUUAGUUAUUUGAAGUCAAUAUGUUGAGUUGUUUCAUUCAAGUGUUUAUAGGACUCCAACAAAUACUGCUCUAUUGGAUCGCCAAAUGUUGGACUAUUUUAGUAUCAACCAUUUCCCCUCUGUAGUGACAACGUCCUAAACAGUUAGGUUUAUAACAAGUGUUUACUUUCUAACAAGAAAACAGAAGACAUUUAAAUGACAGCUUUCAAGAAGAAAAUUUUUAUUUUUUCAGAAGUUGGCUUUAUCUUCCUGGCAAAUUGCUCCUUACACCCAAUGUUAUUUGUAUAUGCUAAGCAGGAAACGGCAACUUGUUUAUAUCUCGAUUUAGAUAGUCUUUCCCCAAAAUUUCCACAGAAACAUACAGUGUUCAUGGUUCUUGAGUUCAUGAAGGAGUAAUCUCAUCACUCCAACGUGGUCUGGAAUGAUUCAGGUUUAAUCCAUAUGCCCACUCUCUUGGAGAUUGUCCAGUAGAGUCAAAACUUUAGUGUUUUAAUACAUUCACCUGUUACUUUUGAGAUGAAGGUAAGUGUUCUAACAUUCUAGUACCUGGAGAGGAGAUGAGCAGCUACAUGAAUGGUCCAGUCUCUGAAGAACUCACUUCAGAGUUGAGAGUAUAGACUUCCAUUAUGUAGUAAUAGUACAAUGGUUUUUUAGCUUUUUAUGGAGAAGACAACAUGUUUGUGAUAUCAUAAUGUCUGUAAUAUUUCUGCUAUUUUUCCUUUAAAGGGAAUAAAAUUUUGCCAAGUAGUGAAGCAAAUUGUCAAAUGAACCACUCACGAAUUCUUGUUUGGUGCUCUUGCUGAACUGGUUGAUAAUGCAAGAGAUGCUGAUGCCACCAGAAUAGAUAUUUAUGCAGAAAGACGAGAGGACCUUCGAGGAGGAUUUAUGCUUUGCUUUUUGGAUGAUGGAGCAGGAAUGGAUCCAAGUGAUGCUGCCAGUGUGAUCCAGUUUGGGAAGUCGGCCAAGCGAACACCUGAGUCUACUCAGAUUGGGCAGUACGGGAAUGGGUUAAAAUCGGGCUCAAUGCGCAUUGGGAAGGAUUUUAUACUCUUCACCAAGAAAGAAGACACUAUGACCUGCCUCUUCCUGUCUCGCACCUUUCAUGAGGAAGAAGGCAUUGAUGAAGUGAUAGUCCCACUGCCCACCUGGAAUGCUCGGACCCGGGAACCUGUCACAGACAAUGUAGAGAAAUUUGCCAUUGAGACAGAACUCAUCUAUAAGUACUCUCCCUUCCGCACUGAGGAGGAAGUGAUGACCCAAUUUAUGAAGAUUCCUGGGGACAGCGGAACAUUGGUGAUCAUCUUCAAUCUCAAACUCAUGGAUAAUGGAGAGCCAGAACUAGACAUAAUCUCAAAUCCAAGAGAUAUCCAGAUGGCAGAGACGACCCCAGAGGGCACGAAGCCAGAGCGGCGCUCGUUCCGUGCCUAUGCCGCUGUGCUCUAUAUUGAUCCCCGGAUGAGGAUCUUCCUCCAUGGGCACAAGGUGCAGACCAAGAGGCUCUCCUGCUGCCUGUACAAGCCCAGGAUGUACAAGUACACGUCAAGCCGUUUCAAGACCCGUGCGGAGCAGGAGGUGAAGAAAGCAGAGCACGUAGCAAGGAUUGCUGAAGAGAAGGCGCGGGAGGCAGAGAGCAAAGCUCGGACAUUAGAAGUACGCCUAGGUGGAGACCUCACGCGGGACUCCAGGGUGAUGUUGCGACAGGUCCAGAACACAGCCAUCACUCUGCGCAGAGAAGCUGAUGUCAAGAAGAGGAUCAAGGAGGCCAAGCAGCGAGCACUUAAAGAACCUAAGGAACUGAAUUUUGUUUUUGGGGUCAACAUUGAACACCGGGAUCUGGAUGGCAUGUUCAUCUACAACUGUAGCCGGCUGAUCAAAAUGUAUGAGAAAGUAGGCCCACAGCUGGAAGGGGGCAUGGCAUGUGGCGGGGUUGUUGGGGUUGUUGAUGUGCCCUACCUAGUCCUGGAGCCUACACACAACAAACAGGACUUUGCUGAUGCCAAGGAGUACCGGCACCUGCUCCGAGCAAUGGGGGAGCACCUGGCGCAGUAUUGGAAGGACAUUGCCAUUGCCCAGCGGGGAAUCAUCAAGUUCUGGGAUGAGUUUGGCUACCUCUCUGCCAACUGGAACCAGCCCCCAUCCAGUGAGCUGCGUUACAAACGCCGGAGAGCUAUGGAAAUCCCCACCACCAUCCAGUGUGAUUUGUGUCUGAAAUGGAGAACCCUCCCCUUCCAGCUGAGUUCUGUGGAAAAAGAUUACCCUGACACCUGGGUUUGCUCCAUGAACCCUGAUCCUGAACAGGACCGGUGUGAGGCUUCUGAACAAAAGCAGAAGGUUCCCCUGGGAACAUUCAGAAAGGACAUGAAGACGCAGGAAGAGAAGCAGAAACAACUGACAGAGAAAAUUCGCCAGCAGCAGGAGAAGCUGGAGGCCCUUCAGAAAACCACACCCAUCCGCUCCCAAGCAGACCUGAAGAAAUUGCCCUUGGAAGUGACCACCAGACCUUCCACUGAGGAACCUGUGCGUAGACCUCAGCGUCCUCGGUCGCCCCCUUUACCUGCUGUGAUCAGGAAUGCCCCCAGCAGACCCCCUUCUUUGCCAACUCCUAGACCAGCCAGCCAGCCCCGAAAGGCUCCUGUCAUCAGCAGUACCCCAAAGCUCCCUGCUUUGGCAGCCCGGGAGGAGGCCAGCACAUCCAGGCUGCUCCAGCCACCUGAGGCACCCCGAAAGCCUGCCAACACUCUUGUCAAGACUGCAUCCCGACCUGCCCCUCUGGUGCAGCAACUGUCACCAUCUUUACUGCCCAACUCCAAGAGCCCUCGGGAGGUUCCUUCUCCCAAAGUCAUCAAGACUCCAGUGGUGAAGAAGACAGAGCUACCCAUCAAACUCUCCCCGGCUACCCCUAGUCGGAAGCGGAGUGUCGUAGCUUCUGAUGAGGAAGAAGUUGAGGAGGAAGCUGAGAGGAGGAAGGAGAGGUGCAAGCGGGGCAGAUUUGUUGUGAAGGAGGAAAAGAAGGACUCGAAUGAGCUCUCAGACAGUGCUGGGGAAGAGGACUCGGCUGACCUCAAGAGAGCUCAGAAAGAUAAAGGGCUGCACGUGGAGGUGCGUGUGAACAGGGAGUGGUACACGGGCCGUGUCACAGCCGUGGAGGUGGGCAAGCAUGUGGUGCGGUGGAAGGUGAAGUUUGACUACGUGCCCACAGACACGACACCAAGAGACCGCUGGGUGGAGAAAGGCAGUGAGGAUGUGCGGCUGAUGAAACCCCCUUCUCCGGAACAUCAGAGCCUCGAUACGCAACAGGAGGGCGGGGAGGAGGAGGUGGGCCCUGUGGCCCAGCAGGCCAUAGCUGUGACAGAGCCCUCCACUUCCGAAUGCCUCCGCAUUGAGCCUGACACCACUGCCCUGAGCACCAAUCACGAGACCAUCGACCUGCUCGUCCAGAUCCUCCGGAAUUGUUUACGGUACUUCCUGCCUCCAAGUUUCCCCAUCUCCAAGAAGCAGCUGAGUGCUAUGAAUUCAGAUGAGCUAAUAUCUUUUCCUCUGAAAGAGUACUUCAAGCAAUAUGAAGUAGGGCUCCAAAACCUGUGCAAUUCCUACCAGAGCCGUGCUGACUCCCGGGCCAAGGCCUCCGAGGAAAGCCUGCGCACCUCUGAGAGGAAGCUCCGCGAGACGGAGGAGAAGCUGCAGAAGCUGAGGACCAACAUCGUGGCACUCCUGCAAAAGGUGCAGGAGGACAUAGACAUCAACACAGAUGAUGAGCUGGACGCCUACAUUGAGGACCUCAUCACCAAGGGGGACUGAAGGCGGGAGAGAGAGCAGCUCCCCUGCCCACCUGCCCCUCAACCCUGUAGCUGCAGGGGGAGGGGGCUUCAUUCAUGGGUUGGUGGUCGCACCUUGGUUUGACUUACAUGGGACAUUUGUGUUUUUGGAGGGAAAGAUACCCUGAUUCUUUGAAUCUUCCUCCUUAAGUUUAUAAAUAUUUAUUUUUUAAAAGAA